UUUGUUUUUUUUCCCCAUCAUCAUCAAAUCGCAACUUUCAUAGUGCGUCCAGCAACUCCUCGAUUUUUGGGCUGAGUCCGCAGUUCUUCGAUUAAGAAAUGCAGACAUGGCGGCGAACCUUCGCCACGUCCUUCGCCAGACUGAACCAUAAGCCCGCAGCGACAUCGACCUCCACUCCCACCACUCUCCUGUGCGCGCAAAUCCUCCAGAGGAGCCAACAGAAGCCUUGCAGUCUGGAAGAGCAGGAAAUUCAACUACGCGGGUUUGUUCGUUCGGUCAGAAAGCAGAAACGCUUCGCUUUUGCUGAGAUUUCCGAUGGAUCCACCGUUCAAUCUGUGCAGGCGAUUUUGAGCCCUGCGCAGGCAGCCGAUUUGUCCACCGGAACGGCGGUAGAGAUAUCGGGGAUCUGGAAGGCCUGUCCAGCUGGAAAGGAGCAGACCCAUGAGCUGCAGACGACGGCUGUGAAUGUCUUGGGUGAAAGCGACGCCGAGACAUAUCCCAUUCAGAAAAAAUAUCAAACUCCCGAAUUCCUCCGCCAGAUUCCUCACCUACGGUUUCGCACGCCGUUUAAUGCCCUCCUCGCGCGCUUCCGCUCCGAAUGUCUGUACCAACUUGGAAAUACCUUUCGCAGCGUCCCAAGCGGAGGAUUCGUACAGGUCCAGCCGCCGCUGAUUACAUCGUCAGACUGUGAGGGGGCCGGGGAGACAUUUGCCGUUGUUCCGCGUGAAGCCCUCGCGACGGAACCGAAAGCAGACGAGGACGACCACUUCUUUAAGGCUCCCAAGUACCUAACCGUAUCUUCGCAACUCCAUCUCGAGGCUUACGCCGCGGAGCUCGGCAAUGUUUGGACUCUCUCCCCUAUGUUCCGGGCCGAGAAGAGCGACACUCCUCGGCAUCUGAGCGAAUUUUAUAUGCUGGAGGCUGAGGUCAAUUUCCUCUCUGACUUGGACGGCCUCACGGGUCUUGUUGAGUACCUCCUCCGAGACGUCACGCGCCGACUCUACGACACCGCAGCAGCGCAAGAACUCUUCUCCAUCCAACGCGAAAGCAAUCCGGAGUCAUCACCAUCCACUGCUACACAGGAAACGCCGCCCGACCUCGACCUCCGGCAGCGCUGGCUAGAUCUCAUGAACGGGCCCCGAUGGCGGCGCCUCACGUAUACCGAGGCGAUCACUCUCCUCCAAGAGGCCGUUGCGCAAGACAAGACAUCGUUUGAAUACGCUCCGAGCUGGUCGGGCGGGCUGCAACUCGAGCAUGAGCGGUACAUUGUGGACGUGAUCAACGACGGCCAGCCGGUCUUCGUCACGGACUACCCGACCGCUCUGAAACCGUUCUACAUGGCUCCUUCCGCCGAGAACCGCCGGUCGGUCGGCGAAACGGUCGCGUGUUUCGAUCUUCUCCUCCCCGAAGUCAGCGAAGUGGCGGGCGGGUCGCUGCGCGAGCACCGUCUCCCGAAUCUGAUCCAGAACAUGCGCGAGCACGGGCUCAUCAAGCGGGAGUCCGUUUCGCCAAACGGGGUGGUAUAUCCUCAUCUUCUUCCCGGGGAAGAUCUGGCGCAUUUACAGUGGUAUGUGGAUCUCCGACGCUGGGGGACGGCGCCGCACGGGGGGUUUGGCCUGGGGUUUGAUCGGUUCCUGGGCUACUUGACGGGGGUGUCGAGUGUGCGGGAUAUUGUUGCGUUUCCGCGGUAUUUUGGACGAGCAGAUUGUUAAUUAUAUUAUCUCCUGUUAUCGACUAGAAAAUCUCGGUUCCCUAAAUUGGGUUAUUUCGAUCGAGAUGGCCUAGUAAAGUCUGCCGAGGUUAUUCUCUUGUACACUCUGUACUUGGUACGUAAGUAGCCUAGUGAGUAGGCCCUAGGGGAAUCUCCACAGUGGAUCCGAUAAUAAAAAAAAAUAAAAAAAAAAAAAACAAAAAACAAAAAAGGC